AGUGUAAACAAAAGCGUAGCAACAACUGAGUUUGCUGUCUCACUAUCCUCAGCCUAGGCCAACCUGGACUCCUUCACCCCAAAUGAGGUGACCUCUCCAUUGUAUAUGAAGACACUGAUUUACCAUUCAACUGGGAUCCAUCUUAUAACAUGGCAAUCCAAUACAGACAGGAAGAUAAAACUGAACAACACAGCUAAAAUAAAGUGUAUUCCCAGAAUACACAUUGUGGAAAAAGGAUGAAGUUGACCAGUGAAAAGUUGCCCAAGAACCCCUUUUAUGCCUCUAUAUCUCAGUAUGCUGCUAAAAAUCAAAAAUUCUUCCAGUGGAAAAAGGAAAAGACUGAUCAUUACACCCAUGCUAAUUUGGUGGAUAAGGCAUUGCAGCUCUUGAAGGAAAGAAUACUGAAAGGAGACACUCUGGCAUAUUUCCUACGAGGUCAACUAUAUUUUGAAGAGGGAUGGUUUGAAGAAGCAUUAGAACAGUUUGAAGAAAUCAAGGAGAAAGACCAUCAAGCAACUUACCAGCUAGGAGUGAUGUACUAUGAUGGGCUGGGGACCACUCUAGAUGCUGAGAAAGGGGUGGACUAUAUGAAGAAAAUUCUUGAUUCUCCAUGUCCCAAAGCAAGACACUUAAAAUUUGCAGCUGCUUACAACCUCGGAAGAGCUCAUUAUGAAGGAAAAGGUGUUAAACGAUCAAAUGAGGAAGCUGAAAGACUGUGGCUUAUUGCAGCAGACAAUGGAAAUCCCAAAGCUAGUGUGAAGGCUCAAAGUAUGCUCGGGCUGUAUUAUUCAACCAAGGAGCCCAAGGAGUUAGAAAAGGCAUUUUACUGGCAUUCCGAAGCAUGUGGCAAUGGGAAUCUGGAGUCCCAGGGUGCACUUGGUCUCAUGUACUUGUAUGGACAAGGCAUCCGGCAGGAUACGGAAGCUGCCCUGCAGUGCUUAAGAGAAGCAGCAGAACGUGGAAACGUCUAUGCUCAAGGGAAUCUCGUGGAGUAUUACUAUAAGAUGAAAUUUUUUACAAAGUGUGUUGCAUUUUCCAAAAGGAUUGCUGACUACGAUGAGGUUCACGACAUCCCCAUGAUCGCCCAGGUCACAGACUGUCUCCCGGAGUUCAUCAGCAGAGGCAUGGCAAUGGCAUCCUUCUACCACGGGAGGUGUCUUCAGCUUGGCUUGGGCAUCACCAGGGAUGAAACAACCGCUAAACACUAUUAUUCUAAAGCUUGUCGUCUGAAUCCUGCAUUGGCAGAUGAACUUCACUCCUUACUUAUUCGUCAAAGAAUUUAGACCACAAUGUAUUUCAACAAAGAUCAUCAAUGCUAACACCUCACAAUGUGUGUAUUUUUACAGUAGCUAUGUUUGGUUAUUUUGCACAUCACAAAUUACACUAUCCUGGGUAUUUUACAGGUGACACGUUACUUCAUUCUUGAAUUUGUACGCUGUUAAGUUUUGCAACUUGAAACCUAGACACAAGGUCAAAUUGCUGGAAGAGUCCUCAGAGGUCCACCUCUUACCCUACAGACUGGCCGAGACCAUAUCAAGUAUCAAAACCAUUCUAUACAGCAAGUAUCGUUUUCCUUUCUUAAACACCGAGUCUCCAAAAAGACUUAGUUUAGCUUUAGUUUAGUAAGUUCAGAAGUAGAAAUGAUACAAACUUAUUUAAAACCAUAAUUUGAAACUUUAAGUCUUUAAAUUUGUCUCUUAGUUUUGUGAAUUUUGAAUAAUAACGUUUAAAUUUUGUUUCAGUCAUUUAAAAUUUUUAAAUGUAAAUUCACAAAACUAAGGGUAAAAGACAUUUAAAGAAUUAAACUUAAAUAAGUGUUUGUAGCAUUUCUACUUCUGAAGUUAUUAAAGCUAAAACUGCACGAAGCCUUUUGAGACAUCUUUUAUUCUUAAAAAGCUCAUAAACAAUUGGCUUAUUACAUAUAAACUUCAAAAAAGUGGGUUAUAAGACAUUGCUUUAGAAUCUUGCCCCUCCAAAUCUUCCCUCAAAGAUCUUAAUUUAAUGAGUAAAACUGCUAUAUACAUACGCAGAAUGUGUAAUAAAACAAAAAGCAAUUGCUACAUGAAAAUAUUCAUAAGAAAAGUAAAGCAAAUUGUUUCUUUGUGCUUCAGCUCAUUUUUACAUUUUUAAAACCCUGUGGUAAAAACCUCAAUGAAAUCAUUUACAAGAACUACAAUUAAAUAUUGUUAAAAUUAGCAAAAGGCUUUCCCUAUAUAGAUGACAUCUAUGAAGGCAAAAGGUGACAGUAAAACAGUUAAGAUCCACAUGCAUAAGAUUGUACAAGGCUAUUCAUUUGUGAAACAAAUAUACAUAUUGAAGGCAGGUCUCAGAGACCCCUUAACUAUUCCUUUUUUUUAUAAACAUAUUAAAGGAUGUGGCCUUAUUUUAUAAAUCACAACCAUUCCGACAGUGGAUUUAAACAAGAUUUCUUUUUAGUAGUGGGAAAAUGCAAUUAAUAUGGAAGUGAUAGUCACUAAGAACUGUUGAAUGGCAGAAAAUUAUUUGCUCUAGUUUAAUGUUCUGGCUUGUCUGUAUUGCUUGAACUUCAUUUUGUCUUUGUGUAAGGGAAGAAAUUUCAACAGACUCAGGUUUGAGAUAUCCUCAAAUGGUCAUGUAGUUCUGUCUCAAAUCUCUUAAUACGAUCCAUGUAAUGUUCCUUCAGCCACUUGAAGAUCCAAAUUCCCAACUAGUAUUCUCUUCUCCACACUUAAUCCAGUUCCUAAAGAUUCCUUUUUUUUUUUUUUUGAGACGGAGUCUCUUGACCUAAUCUUAGCCGGGCGCGGUGGCUCACGCCUGUAAUCCCAGCACUUUGGGAGGCUGAGGCGGGCGGAUCAUGAGGUCAGGAGUUUGAGACCAGCCUGGCCAACGUAGUGAAACCCCGUCUCUACUAAAAAUACAAAAAUUAGCCGGGCGUGAUGGUGGACACCUGUAGUCCCAGCUACUCGGGAGGCUGAGACAGGAGAACUGCUUGAAACCGGGAGGCAGAGGUUGCAGUGAGCUGAGAUCGCGCAAUUGCACUCCAGCCUGGGCGACAAGAGCGAGACUCCAUCUCAAAAAAAAAUAAAAAGUAUCUUAAAAUAGGAACAUAAUACAAGAUCGGCCCUAAGUAAAGAGCACUUUUUAAACUGCCAUUAAAAGAUGGGUUUCAGAAAUCAUAAACUUUGACGUGUGCCAUACGUGGUAACAUGCUAUGCUUAAAUGUCUUCCUUAAAUCCAAUGCAGAAUUUAAAAUUUCAGUUUACUGUAGUUACCAUAAAGCUGAUGCUCUGGCACAAGUGAGCCCCUGCAAACUACCACUGCUGAGGACAGUAGUAAACCCCUUGACCUGCGACUGCGGUGAGUCUGUGCGUUGAAGCUUCCAGAUCAUUACUCUUACACACACACACACACACACACACACACACACACUCCUUCUCUAAGAUUCCUUAUAGCUGAUAUCUCAUGGAAGAAUGACAAUUUAUCAUAAAUAAAUACAGAGACAAAAUAAUAGUGAUCUUUCUCUUUUGCAAUAUAAACUUAACAGCUACAGUUUAAAUGAUAGCAUAGAAUUAUGCCUAAAAUGGACAUUUCCAAUAAUUGUAUUGUGAUAAGUUCUUUGGGCUUGACAACUUCACAUUGCCUCUCUUCCUUGAAUGUAUUUUAUCUGGUCUUUUCUAUAUAGUCUUUUGAAGGAUAAUUUUUACCAAUGGCCAACUUUGGGGUUUUUUUUAAGUAUCAAAUAUCAUGGUUUGAAAAAAGGAUAAAAAAGCUAUAACUAAAAAAAUCUUAAGGAUAACAUUUGGUUUGCUAAUUUUUAAUCAUUAUCUUUCAGAACUUGUUUCUUAUCAAGCAGUUGGCAGGUACGAUAUGUAUAUCAUACGUAUAUAAACUGGCAUAGGGUACAUCCUGGGGCAUUAGGGGAGUAUCUUUCAGGGAUUCAAACUGAAUUUUUAUCUUUUACUUGUUUAAUUGUUUUGUUUUCAAUAUUCUUGGGGAUUAGAGAGGGGAAGGUAUUUUAUUACUGCAUAACAGAUGGUAAAACCCAGGAAUAUUAAGUACUUGUGCAUGGCCCCACUAUCAAUAACACAAAGUCUGUACUCUGGAUCUCCCCUAAUGCCCUGUGGUCUAAAUGGCCUGAUAAUACAACCGAGCCCCUGAAGUAGCUGCCCUCCUCUUUCCGCUCCCCCAUCUCGGCCCUGCCCAUACUCCAAGGGUCAGCUCCCAUCUCUCCUCUCUAAUGCCUCACUUCAAGCACUAAUUUGGCUCUUUCUGCUCACUAAAAAUAAUAUAUUUUACAGAUUUACUUUGUUUCUGGAGAAGGCAGCAAACUUUUACUUCCCUGCAGAAGUAGUUGAGUGCAUCGUGUUUUCUCUAAAAAGGCAUUUGAUAAAUAU